CGGCAUUCGUUGAAAUAGCGAACAUGGCGUCUUGUUUAGUUUGAAAUUCAAUGUUGAUCGAUUAUUAUUUUCGUUGGUGAAACCUUCAAGUUAUUUUAUCAGUAACGAAUUGUGCAGUUCUUUUACCGGGAAAGUAUUAAUUGCUGAAGAUAUCAUUAAUGUGGGUGAAGUGACAAGAAAUUUCAUUUUCUUAGUCUUGACAUAUAAUGUUGAAAAUUUUCAACGCUUCAACGGCCAAAGCAAUGGUCAAUUGUUUCGUGUGUGACCAGAGGCUAACUGGUGAAAAUGUUAAUUUAGCCUCCAGCGUUUCGAGUCAUUCCAAAGUUUCUUUACCUGAAAAAAUUAGCCAGUUGAUUGGCGACGAUUAUGUAGUAGCUGUAACGGAGCAGGAUAGCGUUUGUAAACGAUGCGCGUCGUUACUAAAUCACAUGGAUAAACUGGAGAACGAAUUGACUCUAGUGAAAAGAGCAUUAACUACAAAUAUUUCGCAGAAAUAUAAAAUCGCCGUAGGCGAUGGUCAAGCUCCAAUUCAGCCUACUUUGGCCAACGGAAUGAAAACCGAUUCCGCCAGUGACUACGAAGAUGAGAAAAAGUUGAAUACUAGCGUUGGAGCAGCAGCUGCUGCUUUAGCGAAGAAAAAACCACCUCCGGUAAACAAAGUGAUACCGAAUCCCAAACCUACCAAGCCAGCUGAAAAUGUAACCAAGUUGAAAAUCUACAAGUGUGGUUUCUGCUCGUACCAAUCGAAAGAAUUGAGUAACGUUCGGCUCCAUAUGAAAAUCCAUAUUAGAGCGAAUAAAAACGAAGGAGGUGAAGGUGAUAAAACGACGACUACGACGACCGCGUCGCCUAUGUUGACGCCGAGUAAACAAGGUCAAGUGUCGGUGCGAAGGAGAGUAUUCCGUUGUCAAGUGUGUUCAGCUUCAUUCGACGACCGUAAUAAAUGCUUGGAGCAUAUAAGUAGAGAUCACACGGCCGCCGGUAGGAAGCUAGUCGAACAGAAACAGUCUCAAGAGGAGCAGAAACAUUCGGAAGCUGAGACUUCGGCAGCGCAUACGAGCGAACAGACGAUGGAUAAAGGACAACAGCAAGAUGAAACUGCUCAUCACGAAGAAAUGGAUACCUCCGAACCUCCGCCUAUAUAUUCGUGCGACACGUGUCCCAGUGCUUUCGAUAAUGACGUUGAUUUUGCUAAUCAUAAUAACGAGCACGUUAAAUGUGACACCAGCAAAGCUGAAUUACCCAAUAUCGACUCCGAAGUCACUCAAACAGCUACGCAAGAUAAUCAAGCUGUUAACGAAGACGAAACGCCAAAAGAUCCCAAUAUUGGUCUCGAUAUCGAAGCCAUGAUCGCUGCUUUACAUUCAGAAGGACCCGAAAGUGGCGGAGAUUCUAUGCCAAGUAUUUAAACACGUUUUAUAAUGACAUUUACAUUGUAAUCUUAUGUAUAUUCUGUUUGUUUCCUCCUCCUCCCCCCACAUCAAUCCACCCAGUCAUUAAAAUCGAUUGGCGAUAUUUUAAUAAUAAAAUCUUUUUUAGUGAAUGUUUUUCUCGUUUUUUUCUUGUUUCACGUUGUAUUUAAAUAACGAUACAAUUUAAAUUAGACUUAUAAUACAAUGUUAUAUACAGAAAAAAAAAUUAAAAGCUAUGGUUCAGAUUCUCA